AUGGCACCUUCAGUGGCUGGGCUCCUUCGAGCCAUCAAUCACGACUACGCUAUCUGGAUCAUCGCAGGCAUUUUGAUCUUGCUUGGGUUCUAUAAGUGGUCCACUGCCACCGAUAUCCCCAAAAUCAAAGGUAUUCCAGAGAUUCCCGGUGCUCUGCCCAUACUGGGACAUCUCCAGCAGCUGGGGCCCGACCAUGCCACGGUUUGCGAAGGAUGGUGGCGAAAAUAUCAACAAUCUGUUUUCCAGAUCCGUCUGGGCAACACUAGAGCCGUUGUGGUGAAUUCCUUCGAAGAUGCUCGGCAGAUGCUUGUGGGCCAUCAAACUGCUGUUAUUGAUAGACCAACAUUAUACACGUUUCAUGGCGUGAUUUCCACCACUCAGGGAUUCACAAUUGGUUCCAGCCCUUGGGACGCAUCUUGCAAGAACAAGCGAAAGGCUGCGGGCCAGGCCCUUGGCCGGCCAGCGAUGAGGGGGUACUUCGACAUGUUUGACUUGGAGUCCUAUUGCAUUGUCCGUGACCUCUUCCGCGACAGCAAGAACGGCGAAGUCGAGAUUGGCGUGCGACCAUACAUACAACGAUAUGCUCUGAACACCACCCUGACGCUUUGUUAUGGUAUCCGGAUGGACAGCGUCUAUGAUGACAUGCUGAGAGAAAUCUUGCACGUCGGGUCAGCUAUAUCACUCCUCCGUUCGGCCUCGGAGAACUAUCAAGACUAUGUUCCCAUCAUGCGUUACUUCCCCAACAACGAAAAGAUCCGUCGGUCAAAGGAGCUUCGUGAUCGACGUGAUCGCUACCUGAACUUUCUCCUCAACAAAGUCCGAGACAUGAUCAAAAACGGCACCGACAAGCCUUGUAUCAGCGCUGCCAUUCUGAAGGACGAGGAGACCAAGCUGACUGGAGUCGAAGUCUCGUCAAUUUGCCUCUCUCUGGUGUCGGGAGGUUUCGAGACCAUCCCGGGCACCUUGACUUCAUGUAUUGGCUCUCUCUCCACAAAGGAGGGUCAGAUCUUUCAGGACCGCGCUUAUGAGGAUAUCAUGCGAUAUUAUCCAGACCCUGCAGCUGUUUGGUCGAACAGCUUCCAGGACGAGAGGGUCCCGUAUGUCAAUGCUAUUAUCAAGGAAGCUGCCAGGUACUACACUGUCAGCGCCAUGUCCUUGCCCCGCAAGACGGUGACCGAGGUUGACUGGAACGGGGCGAAGAUCCCAGCCAAGACCAUGAUUCUCAUCAAUGCCCAAGCGGCAAACCAUGAUGUGGACCACUUUGGUCCGGACGCUGCGGUAUUUAACCCAGAGAGAUGGCUGAACGACGAGUAUGUGACACGACCGUCGACAACAGUGCCUGAAGAAAAGCCCAGCCACGGCAUCCAGCACUUCUCGUUUGGCGCAGGGUCCCGCGCCUGCUCCGGUCAAUUCAUCGCCAGCCGACUCUUGUACACGGCCUUGAUCAGGCUGCUGGUGUGCUACAAGAUCGUGGCCAGUGAGACAGAGCCUCCCAACACCGAUUAUAUCGACUAUAACCAGUUCAAGUCGGCGCUGGUGGCGAUCCCCAGAGACUUCAAGGUCAAGCUCGUGCCCAGAUACGACGAGAGCGUGAUUCAAGAGGUGAUGGCUGCAGCGGCCGAGCGAACAAAGGAUUACUACAGCGAGGAAAGCUGA